AUGUUGGACUUUAUUUCUUGUGAGCUCUCCAUCUUCACUCUUUCUCUCCCCACCUCCCUCCCUCUCUCUCUCUUCGUCUCUCUUUUUCAUAUCAGUCUUUCUCAUCGUUCCUUCGGUAACAUUUUUUUUGUUCGUUUGGUAUCUUGCUAUUUCUUGCCUUCAGCUCUAUUACGUUUGUCUCCCAUGACAGAGAUUUUGCCUUUUCUUUUGUCGUCUUUAUCUAGCGCAAUAGUCACCUUCUUUUUUUUCACUCACUUUUCUUGUAAACUUUCCUUUACUCCUCCCCCUUCUCUCCCAACCCCUCUCUCUCUCUCUAUCUAUCUAUCUUUUCCUCUCUCUGUCUCUCCCUCUCGCUCUCUGCCUCUCCCUCUCUCUCUCUGUCUCUCUCUCUGUCUCUCUCUUUGUCUCUCUUUUCAUUCAUAUGCUCUCUCUCCUAUUUUUCUCUUUAUUGUCAGUCUUUCUGGGUCUAGACAUCUUAUCAUCGAAGUCUCUUCUUUUUUUGUCUUUCUCUCUCUCUCUCUCUAUAUCUAUCUAUCUAUCUAUCUAUCUAUCUACCCCCUCUCUCUCUCACUCUCUCUUUCUUCAUUCGUAUACACUCUCUCCUAUUUUUCUGUUUAUUGUCAGUUUUUCUGUGUCUACACAUCUCCUUACCGUCGAAGUCAUUUUUGUUUGUCUUUCUUUCUUUCUUUCUUUCUUUCGCUCUCUCUCUCUCUCUCUCUCUCUCUCUCUUUCUCUCCCUCGCUCAAACACACAUACAUACAGACAUACAUAAAAUUGUUUGGUCUAUAUUCGUAUAAAAUUAUCUUUUUUUCUCUAUACGCUUCUUUGAAAACUCUCUCUCUAUCUAUCUAUCUAUCUAUCUAUCUAUUUAUCUAUCUAUCUAUCUCUCUUUCUUUCUUUCUUUCUUACUUUCUUUCUUCCAUGACUUCAAUGAUUAACGAUGAUGGAUUUCAUCAACUUAUUAUACGCGUCUCUCUCUCUCUCUCUCUCUCUCCUCUCCCUCCCUCCCUCUCUCUCUCUCUCUCUCUCUCUCAUAUAUCACGGCCUUGUUAA